CUGAACGCCUCAGCUGCCCGUUGUCGCUCCGCAGACAAACUGGAAGAAGAAGAGAAGACUCGAACAUGGUCCAGUAGGAGUGGAAGAUGCCAGGUAUGAGUCAGAGCAGUCCCUGUUUGUGGACCCAGCUCCCACAGAGCAGCAGGUCGCCGUGUGACCGCUACAAACACGCCUGCUGCAGCCACGACGGACACGUCUACAUCCUGGGCGGCCGGGACAACAGUUGUCUGAGGGACUUCUGGAGGUACAGCGUAGUUUGUAACGAGUGGACGGAGUUGAGCUGCAGCAGUGAAGCUGCACCAGAGGAGCUAGAGGAACAUUCAAUGGUGGCUCAUGAGGGCUUCCUGUAUGUGUUUGGAGGCUUGUUGGAUUCUGCUUACACCUCGUGCAAAUGUGCCCUCUGGGUGUUUGACAUCGCAAAGCAGAACUGGGUGUCCUACCAGAGAAAGAAGAGCUCCCCUCAGGCCAAAAUGCCUUCCAACAGAAAGGGACACAGUGCAGUGGUGGUGGGUUCGGACAUGCUGGUGUACGGAGGUCUCGUGGACAUGAAAGGAUCUUCACAGGACUUCUGGGGUUUGGAUUUCGACACCAUGGCCUGGUCCUUGCUGAGUGCUUGUCAGCAGGGCUCUUUAGGCCCGGGCCCCAGACACAGUCACUCAGCCGUGGCCCACCAGGACUGCAUGUACCUGUUCGGGGGCUUGAAAGGCUUGAGGGAGCAGAGAGACUUCUGGAGGUGGAGUUCCAUCAGCCACACGUGGAGUUCCCUCAGAACCAAGUCCGGCCCCUCCAGGCUGAUGGGUCACUCGGCUGUGGUCUACAAGGACAGCAUGCUUCUCUUCGGUGGAGGCGAGAGCCAGAACUCCCCCAACAACUGCCUGUGGAGGUACAGCUUCACCUCCCAGACCUGGGGUCAGGUGUCCACUCUCCCAGGCUCCAGCCCCCCCGACAAGAUCCACCACUGCUGCACCGGUCUGGGUCCGAGCUACACGUCGGACAGCAGCAGCCCGUCCUCCACCUCAGGACGACAAGACGGCCUAAUGGAGGACAAGCUCAGGCCCUUCAAGAACAAGUGUUUCCCUGCUCCUCUCACGUUCCUGGGAUCCGAGGGAGCUAUAGAGCUGGAGACGUUCAGCCUGGACCGGUGCUACGAGAGCAAGACACUCUCCGACUCUUCACAGCUGGACCACAGCAAGGAGCACCUGAUGGGGAAAGAUGAGCAGCAGAUCGGAUACUGUUUGACCUUUGAGAACAAAGCGUUCAGGAACAAGUGGAGCUGCACAGAGGAGGACCUGAUCAAUGAGGACGAUGGGGACAUAGUCCAGCACCUGCCCGACCUGCUGCUGGUGCUGGGGGGGCGGCCGUGCUCCGGUCACAGCCCCAUGUCCAUAUGGCAAAUGACCCUCACUGACUCGUAGCCGCCUGCGGACAAACUAUAU